AUGGCAGAAGCUGCACCCGCACCCGUUCCGGUGCCGAUGCCGCACGUCACGGACACGCAACUGGUCACUCCCUCUAUUACUGUGCAGAGGCCCUCGAUUGAGGCGACGCUCCGUUCGUACUAUUCCGCGCUAGACCCUGUGCUGCGCCCGGUUACCGAUGCUUGGCAAGCAUUGCGCGAGAGGCGCAAAGCGCUGAACCUGCCCAACCUGGGCACUGUCGAGAAGCUGCAGGCAGAGGUCAAGAUGGUGCAGACGACCAACUUCCAGUUUGAAGGCGCGCGCGCUGACUUGACCAAAGCGCUAAGCAUGAACCCCAUUUUCCAGGUUACGCACGCGUUUACACUUGCAGGCGUCGGCAAGAAUGCGUACAACUUUGGCGCAGUCUAUGGCGAUAAUAUGCGCUUCUACCAGGCUGGUCUGGAUGACACGGGCAAUGUCACUAUGCGUCUAAACCGCAGCUGGAUGCCUGGCCACAUUUCCAAAAUCCAGGCGCAGCUUGCGCCGCCGUCUGGACAGACCUUUGUCCAGAUGGAGUACGACUGGCAGGGCACGGACUCAAGCAUGAACUUCAAGGCGCUGAACCCGUCGCCGGUGAAUGGCACGGGCAUCUACGUUGCCAACUUUCUCCAGACGCUCACGCACCGCUUUGCCAUUGGUGCCGAGGCCGUCUUCCAGCGCCCGAGCCCCGAGGUGGAGGAGGCGAGCAUUGGCUACCUGGCCAAGCUUGUGGGCGACAAGAAGGACUGGAUUGCGAGCGCCCAGUGGCAGCCGCAGGGUGUUGGCCAAUUUACAUACUGGCAGCAGCUCAGCGAGCAAGUGGACGUUGCCGCCGACUUGCAGAUGAUUAUGAUGCAGCAGCGGCGCGACGCGCAAGCGACGCUUUCUGCGCGAUACUCGUUCCGCAUGUCUUCGCUCCGUGCGCAGCUCGAUAGCUUGGGCAAGCUCUCGUCUGUUUAUGAGGCACGCAUCUCUCCCGCAUUCGCCUUCACGUUUUCUGGCGAGAUUGAUCACCUGAACGGAGACUCCAAGUUUGGUCUUGGCGUGUCGAUUGAAAGCGGGUCCGAGGCUAUGGACCCGACGCUCCCCCCGCCUGUGCCGCCUACGGUGCCCAUGUAG